AGCUUCUGGAGGUCCCUGUCUCUGUGUCACUUUCAAGUUGUCUGGCAGUCACGGCGCCAAAAUUGUUGAUACUUCAAUCCAACCUUCAUCGUUGUGUCUAGUAAACUUCCACGGGGUUCUAUCCAGUGUGAGGCUCCUUUCGGUCGCCCGGAACUAAUACUUUCAUAUGAAAACCUCACAAUAAGCAAUCUGACGGGCGCGCAUCCGCUCACUCCUGUGCACAAAGUCCUGCUUUUUCGGAAAUAAUUUAUUCGAGGCAUUCAGAUAAGACAGCUCAUGAUUUAGGGCUACAUUGUACACAAGCCUAUCCUAACCACACAUCCUUUGCUUCUUAUAAACAUACCAAUGAGUAACAAUCUCAGUUCCAGCUCCAGCUCCGUGUCCCAGGAGAGGAGCCCGCGACAAACCCCAAUUACCGCUAAUGCCGUCCCAAGGCAGCAGAGCACGAGGGACCAGCCAGGACACGCCAACGGCCGAACUCGAGGCCGCUUUUCAUGGGUCAGACGUCUUGUUAUGGGCCCAACUAGACCCACAGGUAGCCAGUACACCGGUGCUGCGCGCGCGAAGGAAGGCGCUGGUCUGUCUGUACCUGUAAACAAUCUGCGAGACCCAAGCGCCACGAGACAGAACCGCUUUCUGCCCACAGGAAGCGAGGGAAACGAGUCGCUUGACCUCAACUCGAUCAUCACGGGCGAAACGUAUGGUACUCCCAACUUGAAUCUCCACAUGAACGACAACGUCUCCACGAUGCCGUUAAAAUCGCUUUCAUCGUUGUCCACCACGAAAUCUUCGGUCUUGGGAGGCGACUCGACAAAUGUGGACUCCGCCACAAUGGCGACCUCUAUUACUCCAUCUACUCCUAUCACCAUGAACCCAUCGCACAGCCUUGUUUCACCAGUGUCUGACCAAACCCCCAACCAUCUUACGGCGAAUCCUAAUAAUGAUGCGGCUUCAAUUGUGACGUUGGCAUCUAGCACGCGCGUGAGAGGGCGUGGCAGAAGUAUGGAAUCUACCAAUGCCCUGACCGUGGGCAUCCCACCAGCGUCGAUUUUGGAGCGUGGAGUGCCGUCCCAGAGCCACAGCACUGGUCCAAUAACCCUGACCCCAGCACACACCCAGUACGUCCCUUUGCCAGGAAAUACUGGCAUGAAUUUCCAAGAUCGGACGAGUAUGGGGCGAAUGAGCACGUAUGCUACGUCGAGCUAUUCAUUCUCUCGAUUUGAUGACGAAGGGGAGAUGGAUGACGGGACAUCGAUGCAUACCGGUGGACAUGUCUUGAGAGGAGACAUAGUUGCUGAUGAGGAUUAUGAUUCUGCUCCAAAGAGUAUCAAGAGUUGAAGCUUAGGGGGUUGUCUAGCUUAUGUUUUGGUUCACUGGGAAUUAUUUUUAUUUAUUCAUUUGAGUUUAAUGGAGUAGUUGAAUCGCAACUUUAGAUAAAGAGGGCUUUGUAAACGAGAGGUAUAUCGAAGCGGUUAUCACUCCAAAAUGCUCGGAGAAACCGCAAAGUUACAUUUCCCACGAGACGAGAUGCUUGAUUUAUCACCUAGUUAGUUAAGUAUCCGGUAGAGCUUUAGCUAACUAUGCGGUGAAGAUUCAGUUAUCCCCCCCACAGAAUCGCCCUUUCUACAAAACUCAAGUUGAUCGAAAAAUAUAAUAGACAUCAAAUUGCAUGGUCCACCGGCAUGAAACUCUU